CAACAUAUAAUAGGGUUUUCAGUAGAAUUCGUGUAGUAGUUCAGUAGCGUCGUUACUCAAAUUAACGACGCUUCAUUGCGCAGUGCAAUAAAUGUGCGCACCCACCUCUGGGUGGCUGGCACAGAAACGCCCUCUCCUCACCGCUUGUUAUUGAUCAGAGCCCUUGUCAAUCACAGAGGAGGGCGGAGCCUCCGGCCCCUAUAUCCCUUUAAGGUCAGCGUGAGUUUCAGUUCGCAUCCUCAGUACUGUGCAAGCAGACGCGGCAGGAGGUUCAGCAUCAUCAUUUUACGGAUCGCAUAGGUGGCCCAUAGAGCUACAACUUUAGAAGUCCAUUUAGAAGAAAACUGAUUUGAUUCAAAGAGGAUUUUAAUUCGGUCCGAGACUCGGGAACACCUGGCACCCUGUUCAAAUAAUCGCACUAUUCAUUCGCGUUUUGCUUUAGGAAGGUUGGGAAUUUCACGAGAAAGUCGUGUUAGUCCAUUACUCCGUGUCACUUGUACCUGAGAGUGACCUGUGCCUGAUUUCAGGGUUCUUUCUCACAGUUGUGCGCGCGCGGACUCGUGUCAAUAUGCGCAGUGACAGUAUGCUGGUCUUGUUGAACUUUUGCGUGUUGUUGCGUGCGUCCGCGGAUCAAGUGUGUGCGCCGUGCCCGCAGCGCGCGUGCCCACCGGUCCCCGCACAGGGCUGUGAGGAAGGGCGCGUGCUGGCGCGGGACCCCUGCGGCUGCUGUGAUCAGUGCGCGCGACUCGAGAUGGAGCUGUGCGGCGGGGAGAACUGGGAGCUGGGCUACUGCGCCCUGGGGCUCACAUGCACCGCCCUCAACCACAACGGUGUAGUUACCAUUCCUGAUAUAGGGGUCUGCAAAGGCAUCUCAGGCACUCCAGACACUGGUGUGGAAGACAAGCAGUGCCCUCUAUCAAGUGGGUGUAACCUUGUGAGUGGGGAGUGUGUCUGUGAGUCCAAACACUCCUGCCUCAUCUCCUUUAGCUACUCAAAUCCAGAGGCGUGUGCCCAGGCCAUGAAGACGGAAGCCAGACGGCAUGAGAAAGAACACAAGGACAAGCACAGGGAGAAGUUUGUGGGUCCCUCAAAUCCAGCCUGUUUAUACUCUGGCUGUAACCUGACCACCACAGGCUGUGAGUGUGCAUCCCAGAGCUGCCACCCCCACUUCACCUAUGCCAACCACAGCCAGUGCCAACUAGCCUCAGUGGAGCUGAAGUGUGCUGAGAUCACAUGCCCGACUCUAGCCAUGCCCUCGUGCCCUCUUGACUCUGUACUGACCCGCAGCUACACGCCCCCUGCAGGCUGCUGCCCCACAUUACUGCCCAAGUGCACCUGUGCUCAAUGCCCACCCCAGCCAGAAUGUCCCAGUGGCCACAAAGCUGUGAUCAUCAGCGAGGCCACCGGAGCACCAGGCAGCUGCUGUCACUCCUACAAAUGCGAGAAAGUUUCCCCUAAGUGUAUGCACAACGGGACCAAGUUUGCCGAGGGUGAGGUGUACCGCAUGGACUCCUGCUGGCUAUGUCACUGUCGUGGAGGCAUCUCAUUCUGCUCCAGGGCUGAGUGUACUGAGCUGGAGUGCGAUAACUUUUACCUCCCAGAGGGCGAAUGCUGCCCUGUCUGCAAAGAUGUGGAGCUGUUAUCAGUGGACAGCACCAAGGCCAGCUGCUGGGUGAAUCAUAAGCUGCGGCAGCACGAGGAGCAGUGGAAGGAGGACGACUGCACUUUCUGCCAAUGUUUGGACGGCGAGCCACACUGCACAGCCAUGGUGUGCAAACAGAGUUGCCAUAACCCUAUCAAGAUCCCUGGAGAGUGCUGCCCUUUCUGUGAGGAGCCUUCAUAUGAGACUGUAAGCCCAUUACUGUGUCCUCCACUUGAAAACUGCUCUCUGUCAGGACAUGACUGUCCUUUUGGCUUUCAGCAGGACCACAAUGGCUGUCUACUCUGCCAGUGUCUUGGCAAUGAUUCUUGCCCCAAACUCUCCAGCUACUGCAACAAGCAGUGUCCCAUGGGAUAUGAGAAGGACGACUACGGUUGUGAAGUAUGUGAGUGCAGCACUCCCUCCGAGUGUAGACUUCUGACCUGCAGAAAGACCUGCCCCUAUGGCUAUGUGAGAAAUAAACAUGGCUGUGAGAUGUGUCGCUGCAUUAAGUGUCCCCCCUUCACAUGUGACAAGCAGUGUAGUGAUGGCUAUAAACAGAACAGAAAAGGCUGCAACAUCUGCCUCUGCAAAGAGAGUGAGCAUAGUGUUAGCACUACCACUUCUCCUCCAGUGUAUAGCCACUGUCUGACCGCAAAUGGCCAGCAGUUUGAAGAGGGCGAGAGCUGGCAUGACGGCUGCAGGGACUGUUACUGCCAUUCUGGACGUGAGAUGUGUGUCCUCAUCUCUUGCCCUGCACCCAGCUGCACAAAUCCUGUGCUCAGGCCACACCAGUGCUGUCCCAGCUGUGAGGAGGAGUUAGGCAGUGGUCGUCCUGAGGGAAUGGACAUGGUGGUUUGCCAAGCUCCUGGAGACGAGCUGUAUGUGGAAGGCGAUACUUGGAACCUGGACGAAUGCACCCGCUGUACCUGCAGGCAGGGCAGAGUGCUGUGUGACACAGAAGUAUGUCCCCCUGCCCUUUGCCAGACACCAACCUGGACCAAAGGGACCUGCUGCCACAUCUGCCAAGAGGACACACUGAGCUCCCUCCUUCCUGUCAAUAACAGCCAACGAGAAUAUUGUAUCUCCAGUGAUGGAGACAUCCUUUUGGCUGGUGAUUCAUGGAAACCAAAUGCCUGCACUAGUUGCAUUUGCAAUAAUGGGACCAUUCAGUGUUUCUCCCAGCGAUGUCCAGCUGCCAAAUGCAAAGUGCCAGUGCUUCGUAAGGGACAGUGCUGUCCACAGUGUCUGGAUGUUGCGACAACCACUGUGCCAGUGAUGUCUACAACAACAACAAGCAAACCUAAAAACAAAGCUAGUGACACCAUUACGAUCACUGAAAGUGAAGUUUGGAUCACAGUGCAUACAGUAGUUCCUGUUACAGAUCGUGGAAGUGUGAGUGAGGAUGUCCCAGCUGAGGCAGAAAUGUCCCUCAUCUACCAAUCACUAGCCUGGAUUCUGGCCGCCCUCCUCAUGUCUAUAGUCAUAUUUUUUAUGGUGGCUUUUCUCAUUAACAAGAAGAAAAACUGCAUACAGAUGUCCUGCUACAAUGCACCCAAAAAGACUGUGAUCUUAAAGAAGCAUGUGAACAAGAACUCGGUUGUCUACGCAGAGCCAUCCAAGGAGAACAAGCUCCAGAGCAUGAAGAACGACUGCAGCAUGACCUUCUCACCAAGCGCGAGUUCGCCCUAUGGGGAGCGGAUCAGCAUCCCACGCGCCAAUCUGAGCAACGGACAUGUGAGAGUCCAGCGUUAAGGCCUCUUGCUGGGACUAGAGGAUAUUUCCUUUCAUCUCUGUUGGUUUCAUACACAUCCAUGGAGCUCACAGAGCGACUUGCACCACAUGCCAAGGAUUCUUCUGCCUUCUGUUGAGAAGGAUCUUUGGUGUCCAGUGGAGGAAAAAAGUAUUGUGAAACCUAGCAUAUUACUUUAUUAUAUUGCUGUUUUUCCCUCCUCACCCUUUUUUUGGAGUGGUAAAUUCUUCUCGUAGUUCUCAGGAGCAAUAGGAGAAGAAAGCAUACUUAUUUGGACAUGAGGCUUUAACAGUCCACUCUGGAGAGAUGCUGGGAUUGGGUUCAUAAAAACUGAACAUUGCACAGACUUCUGCAUCAAAAUACAAUUCCAAUUGACUUAUUUGGAUCUAUCCUUUUAUAAUGCUUUAUGCUAGAAGUUUACAACCAAGGUUUGAGUUUGCUCAGGCAAAACUUGACUGGGGUAUGUACAGUGACCCAAAAUGGAGGGCAGCUACUUGGCUGAUUCCUUCAUGGGCAUUGGCAGGGUAAAACUGAACAGAAUGGAAAUUACUAUGACUAAACUACAGGGUGUCCCAAAAGUCUCCAUACAUGGGGGAAGUUAACACUUUUUAGCAAAAUGUCUUCCAAAAGUUUUUAUACUUAAAACUUAGAACGUACUGAAAUCAUUCUCAUGGCUGGAUCGGGAAACUGUCGCAAGGCUGAGAUGGACAUGCAAUUACAUGUAUGUCCCAAGUUUAUCCUGAGUGGGAGACAUGACUCCAUGUGUGUUUACAAAGAAUUGGCAAUCAUGAUGUUUUGUUAAUAAAGUUACAUUUUGCUAAAAAGUGUUAUUUUCCCCCAUGUAUGGAAAGUUUUGGGAUACCCUGUACAUUCAUGGGCCAUUUUAUUUGGAACACCUGCAUCAUGUAAUUAUCCAAUCAGCCAGUGCAUAAAAUCAUGCAGAUACUAGUCAAACGCGUCAGUUAACAUUCCCAUCAAACAUCAGAAUGGGGGGAGUGAUGAUCUUGCCCAAUCUCAGUGAUUUUGGCAUGAUUGUUGGGGCCAGAUGUGCUGGUUUGAGUAUUUCAGAAACUGUUAAUCUCCUGCAAUUUUGUUGAAGAUUGGAAAAACAUUGCCUGAUCUCUUUCCAAUCUUCAGCUGUCAGUGAGGCUCUGCCCAUUGUAGCCUGAGAUUCAUCUUCUUGGCCGACAGGAGUGGAACCCAAUGUGGUCAUC